GACACUGUCCCCUUUGGUGACUGCGUCCUCUCAACCAAAGACACCUGCAUCGGGAGUGAGAUCUGUGCAGAGCUGUGGAACCCUAGGAGCCCCCAUGUGGACAUGGGUCUGGACGGUGUGGAGAUCUUCACCAACUCCUCAGCCAGCUACCACGAGCUACGCAAGGCAGACCACAGAGUCAACCUGGUUAAGUCAGCCACCACGAAGAGUGGGGGGAUCUACAUGUUUGCCAAUCAGAAGGGUUGUGAUGGAGACAGACUCUACUAUGAUGGUUGUGCUACGGUGGCCAUCAACGGGGACAUAGUGGCCCAGGGAAGACAGUUCUCCCUGGAUGACGUGGAGGUUGUGACUGCCAUUCUGGAUCUGGAGGAUGUCCGCAGCUACAGAGGAGAGCAUUGCCACCCACACGUGGAGUAUGAGCACAAGCCGUGCCAUCGAGUCAAAGUGGACUUCUCCCUGUCUGAUUGUGAAGAUGUCUACCUCCCCACUCACCAGCCCAUUGAGUGGCAGUUCCACACCCCUGAGGAGGAGAUUAGCCUGGGGCCAGCAUGUUGGCUUUGGGACUACCUGAGGAGAAGUGGUCAGGCUGGUUUCCUCCUGCCUCUCAGUGGUGGUGUGGACAGUUCCUCUACAGCCUGCAUUGUCUACUCCAUGUGUGUYCUGGUCUGCCAGGCAGUCAGAGAUGGCAACACCCAGGUGCUGGAGGAUGUUCAACGGGUAGUGAAUGAUGUGUCCUACACCCCCCGGGACKCACGGGAGCUGUGCGGACGCAUCUUUACCACCUGCUACAUGGCCAGUGAGAACUCCUCAGAAGGAACCCGUAACAGGGCCAAAGAGCUGGCKUCUCAGGUUGGCAGCUCACACAUGAACCUCAACAUCGACAUGGCAGUGAAAGGCAUGCUGGGAAUCUUCUCCAUGGUUACGGGAAAGUGUCCCCAGUUCCGUGCUAACGGUGGAAGCACAAGAGAAAACCUUGCCCUACAGAAUGUGCAGGCCCGAAUCAGGAUGAUUCUGGCCUAUCUCUUUGCUCAGCUCAGUCAGUGGGCAGAGGGGAAACCUGGUGGCCUCCUAGUCCUUGGCUCAGCCAAUGUGGAUGAGAGCCUCACUGGCUACUUCACUAAGUAUGACUGCUCCAGUGCUGACAUCAAUCCCAUUGGGGGCAUCAGUAAGACAGACCUAAAAAGCUUCCUGCAGUACUGUGUCGAACAGUUCCAGCUCACCGCCCUCAAAAGUAUCAUGGCUGCACCUCCCACUGCAGAGCUGGAGCCCCUGACGGACGGCCAGGUGUCGCAGACUGAUGAGUCUGAUAUGGGGAUGACAUACUCGGAGCUGUCUGUGAUUGGCCGGCUCAGGAAGAUCUCCAAGUGUGGCCCGUACAGCAUGUUCUGCAAACUCAUCCACACAUGGAGGGAGGCCCUCUCCCCUCUACAGGUGGCGGCCAAAGUGAAACACUUUUUCCAGAUGUAUUCUGUGAACAGACACAAAAUGACAACUGUGACACCAUCCUACCACGCUGAGAGCUAUGGCUGCGAUGACAACCGCUUUGACCUCAGGCCAUUCCUCUACAACACUCGCUGGUCCUGGCAGUUCAGAGCCAUUGAUAAUCAGGUGUCCAAGAUGGAGGUUGGGAAUGACUACCACGACUAAGGCUCCUCCCAAUGCCAGAGCAAAAUCCCAAAGAACUCAUCUGAACUGUGACAAUAAACACUGUAGUGCAACUCCAAACACUCUUACUGUACACACAAUGCCUUCUUACGGUACAGUAUUCUAAUUUCUGAAAAUAGACCUAGGUUAUUGAUUGAUAUUAUAGACUCUAACAAUUAAGGGUAUUCAAAAUGAGUAUUUUGUGUCAGUGGUUCAGCAUGAUGUGCAUUAAUUAUGUUGUCGUUCUACAUGCUCUAGGCCAGCUUAAACUGGAGGUCAAAAGGAGUAACAAUGUCUUGUUAAAAAUAUUCACAACAGUCUAUUCUCUCAGGUUCAAAUACAAUACACUUGUUUAUUGAAAUAGUGAUGUACAGCUUUACUAUUAAACACGUUUUAUCUUGU